AGGAAGCAUCGCAGUGUAAUAGCUCCUGCCUCCGGCGCUAUGGCGCGAUAAAAGACAUUCCAUGGCGAGUGUACUGCAAGAAGGGGUGCGGUAGCGGCGGCGAGAGCUGGGAUGAAUGUAUCGAGAAUUGCCGGGCGCUGUGUCACAAGGAUCCGAUCUACAAGGGCGAGAAGUUUGAAUGGACCGCGGCGCUUGACCGAUCUCCCGGCAAUAAGUUCCAAUCUCGGAGAUGCGACAAGGCGUGCUUGAGAGGAUGUGCUUCCAAGUUCCAUGUCACGGAUGAGAUGCUGGCGAACAGGAUUCCAGCGAAGAUAGCGCGCGAUCGUCGCGCCUGGAGGUGGGAACCACGGUACUCGUUUGAUCCUUCGCUCUGGACCUCGGCUUGAUAGAACAGAGAAAUCCAUGCGCUAGAGAGAUGAGUGAUGAUACUGAGGAGAUGGGCAGUUCCUCCUCACUCCUGCGAGCUGGAAAGAGCUCUACUCCAGCAUCUAGAGAGACACAAGGACAAGGUAAUAGAUGUGUAUGGUUUUGCGGGCUUGAUCCAAGCUUGCAGCAGGUCGGGAUCGCCGAGGGCGGCCAAGCAGCUCGAGGCGGAGAUCACUCGCCGGGGAUUCAGAGGGAACAAGUCUCUGGGAAACCAUCUCAUCAACUUGUAUGGGCGACUGGGCUGCGUGCGCGACGCAGCUGCGGCCUUCGAUGGCAUCGAAGAGAAGAAUGUGGUGUCGUUCAAUGCGAUGAUCACAGCGUAUGCCCAGAACGGGCAUUCCAGGCAGGGACUGGGCCUCUUUCGGAAGCUGCUGCUGCUGGACUCCAAGAUGGCAAACAUCGUAAGCUUUAUCUCUGUGAUCAAGUCGUGCUGUGACGAGAGGCUCGAGGAGUGCAGAUGGAUCCACGGGCUGGUCGACGAAGCUGGACUGUCUACCUCGAACAUCGUCGUUGGGACGGCUCUCAUCAACAUGUACGCUGUCUGUGGCAGCGUGGCUGACGCCGAGGCUGUCUUCGGUUCCAUGGAAAGCAGGAAUGAGAUCACUUGGAGUGCUCUCAUUGCAGCUCAUGCAGCCGUUCCAGGACACGCUUGUCAGAUCUGGGACAUCUUCCGGGCCAUGGAGAACAGUGGCGUGGUUCCCAACGAAGUCACUUUCAUCAGCAUGCUCUCAUCGUGCACUGUUGCCGAAGAUCUAUCUGUUGGCAGACUGAUCCACGAAGCUACGGACAAGUAUGGAUAUGGAUCCGAUGUUGUCGUCGGCAAUUCGGUUCUUAACAUGUACGGGAAGUGCGGAGAUGUUGACCGAGCAAGACAGCUCUUCGACGAGAUGGGUGACAAGCACGCGGCUCCGGUUGCCUGGAACUCGCUGAUGGGAGCAUACACGCAGACCAGGAACUUUGUCCAGGCCGUGGAGCUUUUCAGCCUCAUGCAGCUGGAAGGCGUCAGCGCCAACAAGGUGACUUUUCUGGCUGCUCUCAACGCUUGCGCGGGCCUGGCCGAGAUGACUGCUGCGUAUGCUUCCCAGCAGGGACACGACCAGGACGUGCUGAGAGAAUUCCACCUUAUGCAUUCGCACGGCUUGAUUCCCGAGGAUGGAGUCUUUGUAGCUGCACUGAACGCUUGCUCCAACUUGGGAGCGCUCAAGCAAGGCAAGCUCGUGCACUACUUGGUCCGGGAGACCGGGGUCGAAUCCACCGACGUCUUCACCGCUCUGGUAAACAUGUAUGGCAAAUGUGGGGAGCUUCUAAUUGCCAGGGAGAUUUUCAGCAGCGUGCCUGACGAGUUCCGGGACGCUCUCACCUGGAACGCGCUCAUCAACGCGCACACGCAGCAGGGCAAACCGGAGGAAGCUUUGAGUUUCUACCGGAGAAUGCAGCAGGAGGGAACGCGACCGAGAAAGAGCGUAUUCGUCUCGGUGCUCAACGCAGUGGCUGCUCUUGGAUCGUCCGUGGAAGGCCGCAGAAUCCACGAACAGGUUGCCGAGUGCUUGCUUGAUCUGGACUCCACAGUGGGAACUUUGCUGGUAAACAUGUACGCCAAGAGUGGAGACGUGGACACCGCCUGGGAGAUCUUCGAGAGGAUGCAGCACUCAGACACGGUCACCUGGAACUCGAUGCUAGGGGCGUGCAUCCAACAGAGACAGCGUCCUUCAGAGGCUCCACACGAGCAGCAGGAAAACGAAGCCGUGGUCGUCAGGCUCUUCGCCCGGAUGCUACUGGAAGGGAUAAGAGUGGACAGAGUGACGCUGCUCACCAUGCUCUCGGCCUGUGCCUCGCACGCCAGCCUCUCGCACGGCAAGAAGCUUCACGGCCUCGUUUCCGAGCUCAACCUCUCGCUGGAAUCUGACACAGGCCUCUUCAACGCGCUGGUCACCAUGUACUCGCGGUGUGGAAGCUGGGAAGUCUCGCAAGCGAUGUUCCACGCGAUGGGCUCGUACCACGGCGACUUGAUCACCUGGAACUCGAUGAUCACGGCGUGUGCCCAGCACGGACAGGCGCUCCAGGCGGUGGAACUGGUGAGAGGGAUGGAACAAGCAGGGUGGUCGCCGGACAAGGUGACGCUCACGGUGAUACUCUCGGCGUGUAGUCACGCGGGGCUGCUAGACAAGGCGUACGAGUGCUUCCAGCUGAUGCGGGGCGAGUAUGAGAUUGAUCCGGGGCCGGAUCACUACGGCAGCAUUGUGGAUCUGCUGUGCCGGGCUGGGAAGCUCGGGGAGGCCGAGGCGCUGAUCGAGAAGCUCCCAGAUCCGGCCAGCGCCGUGACAUGGAGGAGCUUGCUUGGGGGAUGUAGCAACCAUGGAGAUUUGGUGCUUGGGAGACGAGCUGCCGACGAGUUGUUUGGGAUGGAUCCCAGGCACCACACCACCUAUGUCAUGCUCUCCAACACUUACUGUGGCUGAAACAAAGAUACCAAGGGUUGACUCUGCCAUUCAGUCAAGUCCCUCACUAUAUGGGUUGACUCACGGUAACACUCCACGGUAACAGCUGGAGCUUUUGCGUCACGUCGCUGUGCAUGGCCACCCCCCAGCCGAAGUCCGAGCGCACCGUUUCCAUGAAUUGCUCCCCGAUGCUCUCGGCCGUCUCCAAACUCUUGAAGAAGGAAUGGCAGGCUCCUCCCUUAUGCUGCAUCAUCUUCAAUGGCUCCGCUUCGUCCACAGCGAGCUGGAGAACGAAGCAGAGAUGGAGCAAGGGCCUCGAGCUCCUGGGAAACAGGCUCCGAGAUCCCCCACCGCCGUGUAGCUCGCAUCGGCAACAAUGAACCACGUCGCUUCCCAAGUCGUGAUCAAACCAAAGCGUGUCUCAUUGAAUCUCAUGUAACAGAGAAGUCGCAGGAGGAGAUGCUUGAAACACUCGUUUGGGCUGGUGAUCACAGUUCCUCGGCUGACAAAGCGGGCAAAGACUCGGGUGAUUCUACACACAGCCGUCUUCCGCCGUUAGUGCGACCUCGGGCAAUCCCAGCUUGGGCUUGUAGCGAUGGCAGGAAGCAGUAUUCACCAGUAUUGCGGCAAUUUGAAAGAGAGCCAGUUUCGUCCUAAGAUGCCCGCUCUGUUCUGGGCAUAUGUUGUGAGCUUUGCAAUUGAAAUUCCGCCA